AUGGACCUCGCCAUCCGCGUGAACGUGCGGUACGCCGCCCCCGCCAACUCGCAGAUCAAGGACGCGCUGCUGCUCUUCAAGAGCGCGCGCUGGGUGCACUCCAUCAUCCGGUACAUCAUCCCGCAGCUCAACAGCGUGUCGCCCGCCGCCAUGAACCUCAUGGAGACGCUCAAGCGCAACCCGGCGGACGUGCGGCAGCAGCCGGACGGCGAGCGCGCCGUGUGCGUCGUGUGCAUGGAGGCGCUCACGUCUCCGUGCGCUGAGCUGCCCCAGUGCUGCCACCAGUUCCACGAGCGCUGCAUCGAGCCGUGGCUCAAGAUGCACAGCACGUGCCCCACGUGCCGCCACCAGCUCCCCACCGACGCCUACACGAGCUACAGCGUCUACGCCAUCAACACCACCAUCGUCCUGCAACAGUCCCAGUCCAGUAUGCCCGCCGCAGAGUUGCUGGAGCUCUCGGCCAGUAACCAGGUCAUCCGAGCCAUCGUGAACGCGCGCGUGAGACGGAACGCGGCCUCGACGUCCGCUGCCGGAGCGCGCGUCAUGGCGCAGGGAUCUCUGUCGAGUGACGUACCGAUCUUCCAGACGGAACCGCCCGUUAUGAACGCGAGCGUGCUGCAGCGUGGCUCUGGGCUGUCUGCCGCGCUACCGCCCUGCAUCACCGAGCCCGUAGUACCAGUGAUGCACCGGAAUGCCUCCAGACGCCGAUUCCGGGAGCAGGAGACCAUCCGGGCGAUCGACAAGCGACGUCGGCUGAGUGAUUCUGCAGAGGAACAGGAUAUCUCGACGUCGUAA